AUGGAUGGACACAUGUAUGUUGAGCACAAUGUGAGUAGUAACUGUGAGUAUGUAUCUGAACCUAAGUGCAUUGAAUUGAUGGGAUCUGAAGAUGAUGGUGAUGAUGACAACAGUGAGUAUGAAGCUAGAGGGGUAAGGUUGGAUGAUAGUAAUGAGGAAAGGGCAUUGGGGUUGGAUGAUGGUUUUGGUGUUUUUGAAGUUGAGCAACCUGCAAAUGGAAGCAAUAGGGUGGAGAUAGAAGGCCAAUCUUUUAGGUUGAAGACUGUUGCUAACAAGUCUCCAGGCAAGAAAGGUGGUUUUAAUAAGUUGAAAGGGAAGUUGAAAGUGAAAGUUCCAGUUUGUAUGACACGUGGUUCUACAAGUGUGCUUGAUCCAGAAGAUGAGUAUGUGUCUGAUGAAUUGGGAAGCUCUGACCCUGAUGCUUCAGAUGAUGAAAAAGGUCCAAAAUAUGUGAAAUAUAGGAAGGAGCAGUUGGGCAAGAGUUAUGAGUUCAGGUUGGGUAUGGAGUUUAACUCUCUAGAUGAUUUUAAGGAUGCCAUUGUGGAAUGGAAUGUAUUAAAUGGGCAUGACAUCAAGUUUGUUAAAAAUGAUAAAAUAAGGGUGAGGGCAGUAUGUAGGGAAAAAUGUGGGUAUUUUGCCUUUUGUAGUAAAGUUGGUGACAAACACACAUACCAACUUAAAACAUAUGACAAAAACCACACGUGUGCAAGAGUAACUAAAAACAAGUCUGCCUCUUCCAAGUGGGUAGCCAAAGAUGUGGUUAAAAAACUACAGUCAGAUAAGAAGAUAAACAUCCCUACCAUUAUGAAAGAUAUGAGGAGAGAGCAUGCAGUGGGCAUAACUAAAGGCAUGGCAUGUAAGACAAAGCAAAUUGCAAAAACAGUGGUUGAAGGUGAUGCAUCAAGACAGUACUCUAUGUUGUGGAGGUAUGCUGCAGAACUAAAAAGAGUUUGUGCAGGAAACAACUGCAAAAUUAACAUGGAGAGGCCAGCCCCUACACUGCAACCAAGAUUUAGUCGUUUCUACUUCUGCUUUGAUGGAUGUAAAAAGGGAUUCACUAGUGCAUGUAGACCAUUUAUUGGUGUUGAUGGGUGUCACCUGAAGACAAAAUAUGGAGGUCAAUUGUUGGUGGCUGUAGGAAGAGAUCCAAAUGAUCAAUACUUUCCUUUAGCUUUUGGUGUUGUUGAAACAGAAACAAAGGAUUCAUGGAGUUGGUUUCUUCAGUUGCUGCUAGAGGAUGUAGGACAAGACAAAAGAUACGUCUUUAUCUCAGACCAACAAAAGGGACUCAUUCAAGUGCUUGAAGAAAAAGCUCAGACCAUUGACCAUAGGUUGUGCUUAAGGCAUUUGUAUGCUAAUUUUAAGAAGAAGUUUGGAGGAGGAACAUUGAUUAGAGACUUGAUGAUGGGUGCUGCCAAGACUACAUAUUACCAAGGCUGGGAGCAGAAGAUGAAUGAGCUUAAGAAUGUAGACAGAGAUGCAUAG